UUAAUCAGUCGAUUUCGUUGAAUUUGCCGGUAUAAUGAUAUGUUAAAUGUAUUUUUUCGAAUCACUAAUAAAUAAAAAAAACCUUGAAAUUAUAUCUUAGUUAAUGUAGUGCGCGGACAUAAGUUGCAUUAGAUUUUAUAAAUAAAACUGCCAAAUUUAAAAAUCAAUAAAAGCAAAAUACUCUAUUUAGAUUCAAUACAGUUAUAAAUAGAUCGAAAAAUAUGCCCAACGCCGAAUUACGUAAACGAAAGGUACGUACUCUAUAAUUAUUUACAAGGUUUUUUUUGUAUACGUGGGACAAAUUCAACAGCGCCCUUUAUUUACGUUUUUAUAUAUUUAAAUUUUAUAUAAUUUAUGUUUUUAAUAUAUUUUGAAGAAAUUAAUUGAUGUACGAAAUACUAAUAGCACAGCACAAUAAUGAUAAACCCAAUAAAGGGCCAUCAAAGAAAAAGAAGGAAAAAGGAGUUAUUUCCAUACACACCUCACUAUUGUGUUUAAUAUUAAGUGGAACCAUUUUUACGACUUUUAUAAUUUUAUAUACGGAUCAAAUACCAUGGAUGAUGGCACAUAGGGCAGUUGAUAGUUUUGCUAAGAAUAUUUUAGGAAGUCAUAAACCCGUUUAUGCAGUUGUAAUGGAUGCAGGUAGUACGGGUUCUAGGGUGCUCGCAUAUUCUUUCCACGAAUCAUAUUUUGGGAACCAAUUGAUAUUAGAUAAAGAAUUAUUUGAGUAUACCAAACCCGGUCUUUCAUCCUUUGCCAAAGAACCAAAAAAGGGAGCAGCGACAAUAGUGAAACUUUUAGAACAAGCUAAAAUAGAAAUACCCCAAGAGUAUUGGCCGAAGACGCCUUUAAUUUUAAAAGCGACAGCCGGUCUUAGGAUGUUGCCAGUUGCGCAAGCCGAAAUGUUACUGGAAUCGGUUAAGGAAGUCUUUAGAGCGGCACCAUUUUUAACAAAUGAAAAUUCUGUCGAAAUUAUGGAUGGUACCGAUGAAGGAGUAUUCUCGUGGUUUACAGUCAACUUUUUAUUAGAUAGAUUGAAUGGAGAUUCAGCUCGAACUGUCGCCGCUCUCGAUUUGGGCGGUGGCUCUACUCAAGUUACUUUUGCAGCAAUGACACCAGCUAGUUUACAAGAAAAAGAUUUAAUCCAAAAGGUAGCGUCUCCAAAGGGCCCUAUGCCUGUAUACACAAACAGUUUCUCAGGUUUAGGUCUCAUGGCAGCCAGACACGCUAUGUUCACCGUCAACCAGCCAAAUUCGGUGAAUGUUACUAGCGAAUGCGUUAAUCCUAUAAUUAAAAAUAGAAAGUUCGUCUAUCACGGAACCGAGUAUUUCGUUUCUGGUCCCCAGGAGAAUUAUGCGACAUCAAAAGUGAGGGGUACCGAUACAAUAAUAGGGGAAACUGUUCCUAUUGUUAAUUUUGAUAAGUGUACGAAACUGAUAACGAAUUAUGUGAAAAGUAAGGCGAACCCUCCACAAGAAUUACCUAUGAAAACAAUAUUUGCAUUUAGUUACUAUUUUGACAGAGCCACAGAGGUUGGACUGAUAGACGAAGCAACCGGAGGAAAUAUAUUACUUAAAGAAUUCAAAGAGGCAGCUGAAAAAGUCUGUCAUGAAGCUAAUGCGGAACAACCUUUCAUGUGUUUGGAUCUGACAUUCAUUUGGAUAUUGCUAGAACAAGGAUGCGGCUUAAAACUGGACACUAGAAUAUUCCUCCACAAAAAAAUAAACGGCCACGAGAUCUCAUGGGCGUUGGGUGCAGCGUAUGAUGUACUCAGAGGCAAACAAACUGUUUAAAAAGUGAUUAUUAUUAUAAUAGUAAUGAAAUUCGAAUGCAUCAUUGUGUAAAUUAGUAUCAAUUUUUUUUAUUUAUAAAUAAUUUAGUGUAAGGUCAACAGGUUCGGUUUUUUUCUAUAUUUUAAUAAUGUAAUGAUAAUGUAGGACGUUUUUGAUAAACGUACGUAAACGUAGAAAAUUUUUUUCUUGGAAAUGAAAAAUGGUACCCGCAAAUAUGAUGUUCUGAUGUCAAUAUCCUUUGGAUGUGUUUCGUUCCGUUGUAACAAAUUAUCAACAAAAAAAUUAAUUCACAAAUUAGUUAUGCCAAAUUGGUCAGCUUUUUUCUCGUCAUCCCAAAUUAAAUUUGUUCAAUUUGAGAUAAAUAACUUGGUUCUUACAAUAUUAUUUAGAUUUUUGGCAUUAUUUUAUUUAUUUCCAUCAACAAUCAGAAUUACAAUAUUCUAUAAGCUAAUCUGAUAGCUUCACAGUAGCUACCCUUCAUUGGCAUGAUGGGUUCUCCCUUACUUCCACUUGUUUCUAGCUAAUUAUUGUCGAUGGUAGUCAUCUAUACUUAUAUUAAGUCAUCUACCACUCCAUGAAGUCAUCUAUCCUUCUAUUAAAUCAUCAACACUUCCAUAAGUUAUCUACCCUUCUAUCAAGUUAUCGAUCCUUCUAUUAAGUCAUCUACCAUUCCAAUAAGUCAUCGACCAUUCUGUUAAGUCAUCUACCCUUCUAUCAAGUUAUCGAUCCUUCUAUUAAGUCAUCUACCAUUCCAAUAAGUCAUCGACCCUUCUAUCAAGUUAUCGAUCCUUCUAUUAAGUCAUCUACCAUUCCAAUAAGUCAUCGACCAUUCAGUUAAGUCAUCUACCCUUAUAUUGAAUUAUCUACUCUUCCAUUAACUUAUCUACCAUUCUGUUAAGUCAUCUACCCUUCUAUCAAGUUAUCGAUCCUUCUACUAAGUCAUCUACCAUUCCAUUAAGUCAUCGACCAUUCAGUUAAGUCAUUGGUCCUCUAAUAAGUCAUCUACCAUUCCGUUAAGUCAUCUACCCUUCUAUUAAAUUAUCUACUCUUCCAUUAACUUAUCUACCAUUCUGUUAAGUCAUCUACCCUUCUAUUAAGUUAUCGAUCCUUCUAUUAAGUCAUCUACCAUUCCAAUAAGUCAUCUACCCUUCUAUCAAGUUAUCGAUCCUUCUAUUAAGUCAUCUACCAUUCCAUUGUCAUCGACCAUUUAGUUAAGUCAUCUACUCUUCUAUUGAAUUAUCUACCCUUCCAUUAAGUCAUCUACCAUUCCGUUAAGUCAUCUACCUAUAAUUCUACGUAUGAUUCAAGUUGUGUAUGUAACAGGACUUUGGAGUGAUUUUUAUUCUAUUUUUUUUUGGAUUUUGAGAUCCCAACAUCUUUAUACAGUUUUUAGCUCGAUAUAUACGAGGGUGUGUUGGUGGGUAAUUGUAGAAUUUUCCACAAUCUAUCAUAAAUUUGUUGGCACAUUUUUUUAUUUGUCAUAUUUUUUCCUUUUUGAUUUGAAUAAUUUCGAAAAUUGAUACUAAUGGAAUUACAUGAAAAUUGUGCCUUAUAUAUAUAACGAAUAAAUGACACAUAGACGUAACCGUUUGAAGGGUUAGGUGCUUUUAGAUUUUGUCUAUGAUCUUUUUAUUCACAGUACUAUACAAUUUUUUUGUUUGAUUUAAUGAUGCGUGUAUUGUUACGUCUUUGUGACAAAUUAAAAUACUUAUUGUUACUUUCUGGUUAGGUUAUUUUAUUGGCUGUGCAACAAUUCCACUUAAGUAUAAAUGUACGUCAAUAAAACAGGUUUUUCAAA